AUGAAAGGGGACUUUGCCAGCCUCGCGGCGCUGCAGCAGAAGGCCCCGGCCUCGGCGGCGCUGCGGAACCACGGGGGCGGCCACUACAACCACGCCCUCUUCUGGGUGAACCUGGAGUCGGCCAGCACCUCCUCAGAGCCCUCAGCGGACCUGGCGGCGGCUAUCGAGGACAAGUUCGGCAGCAUGGAGGGCCUCAAGGAGGCCUUCAGCAAGGUGGCGCUGGGCCGCUUCGGCAGCGGCUGGGCCUGGCUGGGAGUCACCCCGCAAGGCUCCUUGCAGGUGACUUCCACCGCGAACCAGGACAACCCCUUGAUGGAAGGCUUGGAGUACAAGUUCGAGAAGAUGGUUCCCAUUUUAGGUCUGGAUCUUUGGGAGCACGCGUACUAUCUGAAGUACCAGAACAGGCGCGCAGACUAUGUCGCUGCCUUCUGGAACGUGGUGAACUGGAAGAAGGCGCGGUUUCGCGGUUUGCCAUGCAAGAGCUGGGAUUGGGGGCCGCAUUGCGUGGUGCCUUGA